AUGAAUACAAAUAAAGCACAAUCACCACGUUAUAUUCAUGAUGUUGACGAUAAGAAAAUUGCUACUAUCAAACCUGGUUUAACUGGUUUGUCGUCAUUGCCAGUAUUUAAUGCAACUCAAUUUACAAAUUAUCGAGUGAAUUGCGAAAUUAUUAAAGAUUUUAAGAAUGCCUACGAACUUUCUCGCGCAAGAUUAGCUUUCUCUCUUGGAUAUAGCGAUGAUAACAAUCAACUCUUUCGAUUUACUAAUACAACCGUUAUGUUGAAUGAAAUUAUUGAAAAAAAUACAGCAUGCAGUAAUUGUUCACAUAGUCUCAACACUCGCGAACAAAAUUCAAGCGAAAGAAAACGAUCCGUUUCUUCAUCUUUAAAGUGUAGAUCUCCACGGAAAAAGAAGUGUCAAAUUAAUUCAAGCUGCUGA